UCUCGCCUCUAGGAGCACAAUAGGACAACAUGAAUGACGAGUCGCUCAUCGAGGUCGACGGCCUACUGGUCAAUGAUUUCCUUCGCGAAGAGAACGUGCGGGCUGCGAUGCACUACCGGCCGCGGGAUGAUGACGUGUUCAUUGCUAGCUAUCCAAAAUGCGGUACGACCUGGACCCAGUACAUCGUGUGCAACAUCUUCACCCGUGGCAACGCCCCGAACAACGUGACAGACUUCUUGCUCCAGGCGCCGUACUUCGACUUCAUGGGUGCGGACGCUCCGAGAAAGAUGCCCAGGCCCGGAGCGUUGAUGACGCACCUGCCGUUCAACAUGCGCUGCCACUCCAAUAAGGCUAAGUACAUCUAUGUGGCCAGAAACCCCUAUGACUGCGCUGUCUCGUACUACCAUUACCUUCUCGGACACACGCCAAAGACCUGCACCGACGUUUCGUUCGAAACGUUCGUGAAGGCAUUCAUCGCCGGACGUGUACCCUACGGAGACUACUUCGACCACCUGCUGUCCUGGUACGAGCACCGGCGUGAUCCCAACGUCUUAUUUAUCACGUACGAAGACCUCAAGAAGGACACACCUACGUGGGUCUUGAAUAUCGCCGACUUUCUCGGCAAGCCAGACUACGGAGACGCGCUGCGCGGUGAUCCCAAGCUCUUCCAGAGAAUUCUGGACUCUUGCAGUCUGGGAAACAUGCGAGAAGUGUUCGACUGCAGGUGUGACGGCUUUGUCAGCGCCUUGCUAGAGCUCCCCGAGGAAACGCGCUUAGAUUCCAUGGAGAUUUACAGGAAGAAAUGCCUUGAGAAAAGAGAGUCGCACGAGGGUUCUGGACGUGUUCGCAAAGGGAAGAUCGGUGACUGGAAGAACCACUUCACGACGCCCGAGCUCCUGGACACGAUGAAGGGCUGGAUCGAGGCGAAGACCAAAGGCACGGACGUUAUGCAACUUUGGGAAGACCUAAACCUGCCUUGAAUGGUGUGUCUGAUAUCGACUCACGUCCAGCACCCGGUUUCUUUUGAAUCAUGGGGAGAAGAUCAGCAGCAUUUUUAUUCUCCGCGACGAGCACAUAUAUCAGCUGCCAUUUCAAUUAGCGCUCAGCGACAGAUGUGUGCAGGAUCACACAGAGCUAACAGAUGCACGGUGCAUAUUCUUGACAUAAUAUGCACAUUUUAAUAACAAAUAGAUUUAUGUUGGCUGCAGUACAUUCUUCAUAAUUUACAAGAACCUACAAAAUGUAGUUUGCUAUUUAUCGAGUAUGAAGGAAAUUCUGAUGUUUACCGGGAGCACCAAAGCAUCUACACCUACCAUAGCACCCCCAAGCUGACGAAAGCGGCCACGUCGAUUCUUCGGGAACUUUCUGCUUUCUUCGUCUGUAACACUGCCGGCGCCAUCACUUUAUUUUGCUGCAAGCUAUGCUGUACAAGAUAAUGCCAGCUAUUAGUCUAUAGUUGCUUUUUUUCAGUGAAAUAAAUACGUGCUCUGCUGCGUUA